GAACAAACACAUACAUAAUUUUUGUUGGGUAGUUGGGUCUGUAUUGGUAUCAGUGACAAGCUGCCACCAACCACCCAUUUCAAGUUUUAGUUUUAGUGUUUUACUUGUACUGUACAUCGGUGAUUUUUAGUCUUUGGUUGUGAAAUUUUCUCUUAUUUUUUAAGCCACAAAAAAAAAUAUAUAUCAUAUUAAAAAUUAAUAAUAAUAACAAUGUCUCAUCAAACAGGAAUAAAAGCUAAUGAUGCUUUAAAAAAAUUAUUUGCCAAGUGUCGUGAUGGGAAAAUACGUGUGUUAAAAGUAUCUAUAGAAAAUGAGGAAUUAACACCAUCGACGUCAUCAAAACCCGUUGGUAAAUGGCAAGAUGACUAUAAUAAAUUAGUAAAACCCCUUAUUGCUGAGAAUCAACCAGCAUAUAUAUUAUUUAGACUGGAUACAAAAUCACCAGACUCUGGGUACGACUGGCUUUUUAUUUCAUGGUCACCCGACAAUGCGCCAGUACGUCAAAAAAUGUUGUACGCAUCAACAAAAGCCACUUUGAAACAAGAGUUUGGUACUGCAUCAAUAAAAGAUGAAUUGCACGGUACGGUACUGGAAGAUGUUACUUUGGAAGGUUAUAAUAGACAUAAAAAGAAUGACGCCGCGCCAGCCCCAUUGACUUCCGCUGAAGAAGAAUUAGUCGAAUUAAAAAAAACAGCAAUACAUACUGACUACAAUGUUGAAACAAGACAUCAGACGCUUAGUGGUGUCGCAUUUCCUGUUACCGAUGAAGCUAAACAAGCAAUAACUGAUAUGGGAAAGGGAAUACACGAAUAUGUUCAAUUGAAAAUUGAUUUAGAUGAAGAAAAAAUUCAUUUAGUUAUGACUGGUGAUGUUUCAUUAGACAAAUUGCCUACUAAGGUACCUGCUGAUUCUGCUAGAUAUCAUUUAUAUAAUUUUAAACAUACACAUGAGGGCGAUUACACUGAAGCAAUAGUUUUUAUCUACAGUAUGCCGGGGUACAGUUGCAGCAUCAAAGAACGAAUGCUUUAUUCAUCAUGCAAGGCACCAUUGCUCGAUCUCAUUCAAUCAUUAGGUGUGACAAUCGCCAAAAAGUUGGAGGUAAAUAGUGGAGAAGAGUUAGCAGACAUGCUGGAAGAUCCUCCUACGAUAAAUGAAAAAAGCAUCGUCUCGACCCCCGUUACCCCGACGACCAAUAUCCCGCAAGUUUUAACUGAGAAAAAAUCUAAACAAAAACGCUCAUGUGUUUUAAGUUAACAGGUUCGAUUAACUGUUAUCACAUUCCAUACUAUACUUGGUAUUUAAAAGAUUUGAAAUGCGAUUUUCUUUUGGGUUUAUGAAAUAUAAAUAUAUAUAUUAAAUUUAAUUUAAUUUUACAAGCUAUGACGCACAUAGAUUUUUGUGAUUUGUAACGUGUAACAUGCAGUAAUUAUUUUUAAAAAAUCUGGGCAACGGUUGGCCCUGCGGGCCGUCCCAACAACUUCCCGCUGUUUUCGAGCUCAAAAAUACUCUUGCAUGCAAAUGCUUUUUAUGAGCUUUUCAAGCUCAAACAAGUUACGUUUUAAGUUAGACUUUAAAAAUUUAAGAAUCAGAAAUAAUUAAUGAAUAAGCGUUUUUUAAAUUCUUAUUCAUAAUUAUGUUCAAUAAAAUUAAUGUAUUCAGGCAGAAAUCAAUGUAAGUGAUCAAAAAAAGAAUUCAAAUGAGUUUUAACUCAGAUCAGAACGUUAAUUUAUAAAGUAUCCGAGAAAAAAUUAAAAAACCGAUGUUUCUUUAAUUUUUUUGUUGAUAAUAUCAUUUAAAUUAAACAACGUAUGGUUUUUGGGCUAUUUGGUCAAUUAUAUUCUGAUCUAUCCGGGAAAAACGAGAUAAAUUGUUAUUUUUUAAAUUUUUCAACGUCCAUACCUAUUGAACUAAUUAACUGAUUUCGACGUUCAAUGUGGCAACCGGCGCGUUUUAUUGAGUUCUAGAACUGAUUAGAUUUUAAAAUCGAUUGAUUGAGCCGUUUCUGAAAAAUAAAAAAAAAACGGCGGGAAAAGAGCGGGAAGUUUUUGGGCUGGCCUGCAGGGUCAACCGACAGACCGAUGUUUUUUUAUAUAUAAAAUAUUUAGCAAAUUUUCCUUUUGUUAUAGAUUUAAAAAUUUUACUCAUGAUAUAAACAAAAUUUUAAUUAAAAGAAGAAGAAUAAGAAAUUAAAAGUAAUUUAUAAAAAAUAUCUAAUGGAUCACUGAUUGUCCAACGUGAUAUGUAUAUUUGUUUAGCAAGAAUAGGAUCAAUCGUGUAUUUUUCUAAAUUAUCUUACAAAAAGAAAAUUUAACGAAAUUGUAAACACAAUUUUUCGCUUUAAAACAGCAGCUUAAAAAGUUAAAGUUUGACGUUUCUGUGUUAAUCAAAUUAUUCCAUAAUAAUAAUAAUUUUUAUUAUUAUUAUAUAUAUAUUAAUAUCUAUUAAUUUUAUUUUAAAAUUUUUUGUUUUCUUAAUUAUAGUCAAAAUUAUAAUUUUUGUUUUUUCAAUAGUAUAUUACGAGUUGAUGCAUUUUAUUCUGAGAUUAAUAUUAGAGAGACGUAAUUUCGUCUAGUCGGAAAUGAAUUUCAAGUCACGUCUCUAAUGAUUAUUUUUUUAUUUUUUAUUACCAUAAUUUUAAAAAGUUUUUUCUACUCAUGACUCAUUUGAGAUUUAAAAUCUAAUUGCUCACAAAUAAUUAAAAUUUAAUUGUUUAUUUAACAUCUGAUUGUUUUGUUGCAAAAAAAAAACCUCAAUGGCAGCACAAAUAUUUUUUAUUUAAUUUACAUAAGGAAAUUUAAAAAAAUUAUCUAAACUAAUAAAAAAUAAAUUGUUAUAAGAUAAUAUAAAUAUUUUAUUAAAAAGCAACAAAAUGAUCUUUAUAAAAUGAAUGAAUUUUUAUUGUAUAAUUAAUAAGAGAUUAAUAGGGGAGUUUAUUCCUAUAAGUUUGUUCAUAUCAAUUAUUAAUUACUGUAACGUACAAAAUAAACAAAAGACGUGGCUUUGAAAUUCAAAUCAGGCAUUAUAUUAAACGAUAUAAUUUAUCGUUACAUAAAAAAUGAUAAAUUUUAACUGCAGUAUAUUUGGCUGUUUGGCCAUUUGUGAUUAUUAGAGAGUUAGGAAAAUUCCAUAGGCUUUAUCUCAUAUUAAUUUAAAUGCCACUCGCCUAACUUCUCUAUUACGUAUUUCAUUAUUAUAACAUAUUAAUUAAAUAGUUGAAUAUAUAAAUAUAUAUUAAAAUUAAAUAUAGCAACAACGAUGCAAGCCUGUUUUUAAAUUAUUACUCAUUAUUUUUAUUUUAUCUGACACAUUGUUUUAAAAACAAUAAAAAAAAAAAAAAAUUUAACUGCUUUUAUAAUUUAUAAAUCAAAUUGCGAUUUAUAAUAAAAUUAUCAAAGCUUAGUAUGAUGUGAAACAUAUAAAUUUGCGCUAAAAAAAACUACUAAUACGUAAAACAAAAUUAAUUCAUAUUAUUAUGUAUUUUAAGACUGAUAAAUAAGUAUCAUUGACUAAAAAUUUGAUAAAGUUCCGUUUUAAUAAUUUGAAAAUAUGAAUCUCAAUUUAGUACACUGAACUAACGAUUUCCUGACUCAAGAAAAAUUUUGAAUUAUGAAAUGAAAACAAUAAUUUUUUUUCUUGCCCCAAGAAAAUUUCCAUUUUUAAUUCAUAUCUGUGUAAAAAUAAUUCAUUCCAAAAUUCUGAACUUUAAGUUGAACAUUUUUGGAACUUUAAUUAAAAGUGUGAAAAAUUUUCAACUAAUGUGGACUUUUCUUGUGGAUUUCUAUUUUUUCUUUGAAAUUUUUUAAACAAAAUUAAUUUGAAUCGACAAUUCUGUAAGUUCAUAAUUAGUUCCAAUCACUCAUUUUUUGAACUAUUUUGGAACAAGCCAAAAAAUGAAACAGAAACUGACCUUCCCAAAAAAAGUUCUAAUAAAAGUCAAGAAAUGUUCAUAAUUAUUUUCAAACCACUUUUAUUUUUUUUCCGCAUACCGGAAUCAUUCUGAUAAGAGCAGUAAAUUUUCAUAAUUCCUGAUUAAUCCGUUUUUUUUUCUUUCUUCAAACCCAAAAAAUUAUUAAUUAAUAAAAUAAAAGAACUAAAAUCCGCAGGAAAAGUCUAAAGUUGAAAAUCGUUCACUUUCUAAUUUGUUCAAAGUUCCAAAAAUGAUCAACUUAAAAAUCAGAAUUGUCUCAAUUUUGAAAGUUCACUUUCAUGAACUUUUUUGGAACAAUUUUUUUUUACAUGGUUAAAAAAAAAAUCUCUUGUGGAAAGAAAAUUUUUUUGAAAAGAAAUCCUUUAAGAAAUCCUUUUUUUUUGGUGUAUGAAUAAAUUUUAAAAAUAAUCUAAAUUAUUUCGAUAAAAAUAUAUUUUCUUCAGUAUACAAUAAAUAAAAAUUAUUAAUAAUAAAAUAGUUGUCUUAGAAAGAACAAAAUACAAGAACAAAAAAAAUAAAAAUUAAUAAACAGAAGGCAUUAUAUUUUUCGUGAUGUAUUUUUUUAAAUCGCGUAGAUUUUUAUAAAAAUUAAAAAUCAUCCCUUUGACAAAAAAAAAACAAAGUAAAUACUAAAACAUCACAACUAACAUAUUAACAAACUUUUAGGCCUAAUAGUUGUUAAUAAAAAUAUAAUUUUUUGUAACUAAUAUAUAAAAAACAGUCUGAUUUUUUUUAAAUUUACAAAUU